AUGGAGAACUCAAAUUCAAACAUGUCAUUUACCUCUAGUCUUUCUCUCUUCGCCUCUUCUUCUAGUGCUGCCGAUCACAAAAUCAUCCAGCACUUCAAUUUUUUCCCAGAACGCAAAUCCCAGAGUUCUCAAGAAUCCCAGAAAUCAUCGGACCUUGAAAAGAACCCUAGUUCAUUUGGAGAUGAAAAAGAGGAUGUUACUAUAUCCUUGCACAUUGGUCCUCCUAGUACUUGCACCAGGGUUGCCUCCUUGAGUUUAAAUGAUUAUGAGAAAGGAGUGGAAAAUUUGGCAACUGGUUUUUCACCCGCCCCAUAUUGGAUACCAACUCGAGCACAAAUUCUCGUAGGCUUCACCCAUUUUUCUUGCCAUAUUUGCAGCAAAACUUUCAAUCGCUACAACAAUCUCCAGAUGCAUAUGUGGGGUCACGGAUCACAAUAUAGGAAGGGGCCAGAAUCGUUGAAGGGAACACGACCAAAAGCCAUGUUAUUAAUUCCAUGUUAUUGCUGUGAAGAAGGGUGCAAGAACAACAUAAAUCAUCCGAGAGCAAGACCAUUGAAGGAUUUUCGUACGUUGCAAACUCAUUACAAGAGAAAACAUGGGACCAAACGAUUUUCUUGUCGAAAGUGCGGCAAGUGCUUGGCCGUGAAAGGUGACUGGCGAACCCAUGAGAAGAAUUGUGGGAAACGUUGGCAUUGCAUGUGCGGUUCCGACUUUAAGCAUAAAAGGUCUUUGAAAGAUCAUAUUGCUUCCUUUGGUUCUGGUCAUGGCCCUUCUCCUCCUCCUCCUCCAUCAAUUGAUGCAAUUGAUUUGCAUGAAAGUACAAGGACACGUUCCCUUUUUGUUUAG